UCGAUACUGAGGAAAGUAUCGACGCCAUUAGUGUUUGUUCUCGCGUGGUAUAUAAAUAUUAAAUUAAUAUAUUCCUUUACGUAUGUGGCUCUCCAAGUAAUAAAAAGUGCACUAAAGCAUAUUUAUAUAGCCGCAAAGUAGUAAACUUACACUGAACAGAAGUGGGACUUAUUUGGAGGUUACCUUACAUAGAUUCAUCCUCCGGAUGAAGCCUAAAGUGCCAACUAUUUAAUAUGCAGCCAGGCGGUUUACCAGAUCGGCUAUAUUAACGGCGCCUACCUAAGGCCAGGCAACGAUAUGCAAGCUACGGGACCUGGUAGACUCGGACCUGAAAAGUAUUGCAAGCAAGAAUACAAACGAGAAAGAAGCUUAACUUCGCUCUCUGGAUGCACACCACAAGAAAAAAGUGCAAGAACAUUGCUGCAAAGCCAAACGUGACACACAGCAAAAAGGACGACGAAAAGCCGACAACGUCCAAAAAAGCGGCGGCGGCCAAUGAGAUUGCGAGAAAGCACUUCAGUGCGGCACUUGUUGAUCGUGGUAGCCCGCUGGGGCAAAUGUCGCAGGAGCCGUGGAAAUUAAGCUGUUGGAAGCUCUCUUCGCCUACAUUCGAUGGAUCAGGAUGGUUCAGCGGCGUCAAAAUCAUAAAGUGCAAGGACGACAGGUCUCUCACAUGGGUUAUGGAAGUUGUGAAUAAGCUUCAAGGCCUAUGGGAAGGUGACGCAUUUGAAAUAGUGGAUUGCAGCUCAGUACCACCGAUACCAAAGGCGAAGGUGUUUAUACUGCGCACGGUAAGCCCGGAGCAUGCACUGCGUCUGCUACAAAUGCAGAAUAAAGAUGUACCUACCGACGACUGGAAGGGGAUGAAAGUGGCUAAAUCAGCGAAUGCAAACGAAAGCCAGAACUAUAUUCUCCAGAUAAAUAAAACGGCGGAGGAAAUUUUGUACGUGGCGCAUUGGAAGCGUGUUCCUUCGUCUCAAAAAACGCAACCCAACGGAUUAAAUCAAAAACACGCUCAAAAUUGUCGAGAUGGAGAAGAAUCUCGGCAUUGAAGACAGGCAGGAACCAAAGCCUGAUGCUGAAGGUCCUUCAAAUUAACCUUCACAAAAGCAAGAAAGCCUCAAUUGAGCUCCUUCAAAAUUUGCAACGUGGCUCUAGUCCAAGAAACAUGGUAUCUGGACUGGACUCACCAAACUACAAUAAAUACUUCCCCAACGCUACGAACAGUAUGACCUGACAGUGGCGGCUAUUCGGAGCUGCAGGAAUGUAAUACUACUUCUUGGAUCCUGUUAUAUGUCACACGAGAGGGAAGCACCGCCAGAUGAGCUUCGCAGGCUGGUUAAGAAAGCCGAGCAAAGAAAGCUAGUUGUAGGCUCCGAUGCUAACUCUCAUCAGACUCUCUGGUGGAGCUCCGACAUAAACAUUAGAGGUGAGUACCUACUUAACUUUAUUUUACAAACUAGCUUAGAAGUAGCAAACUGAGAUGAGGAACCAAUAUUUAUUGGACCCAUCUCCAAAAAUGUUCUAGACUUAACUCUCU